UGUGUCUGAGGGGACGACUCUGAGUUUGUCACUCCAACCGUCUCGCUAAAGCCAGUGGUAGUUACUGUAAAGCCAGUGGUAAGUACUGCCUCAUCUCGUUAGAAUGUCCUGAGAUCGCCGAGGCGAGCUGCAAUAUCUUACAUCACAGGUUCACGUUGUCGUGUCAUCUGUCUGAGAUUAGGCGAAAAGGAGCGUAGCUAUGAGGCGAAGGAUCAUAUUCGGUUGCAUCAUAUGUUGUCCUUGAGUAGCCGAUCGUGGAUAUAGGUGGGGUGAUACAAGAGGCUAACGUAUAAGUAUGGAUGCGAUUGCCAGCUUGAGGAAGAAAUCAACCUCUCACUUGUCUUUCUAUCUAUCCCUGUCUACCUAUUCAUCUGCACCACUCUUCACUGCCUACCCUUCAAUCAAACAGUCCCCAUCGAUAUGCCCCAUCCAAAGUUCCUCGCGCUAUUCGCUGCCAUCCUCGGCGCCCAGGCCACUACAGCUACUCCCGUCAACAUCGAUGUUUUCGAACUCGCGGAGACUAGCAUUGGUACCAAAGCUCAAUUCGAAGCUGGGUCUGUGUCAUGGUUCUGGAGUAGUUCUCAAGGCGUACCCCUGGACACGGUCCAGCAGAAGCGCCAGUCUGGCCAGUAUAUCACCAAUACCCACCUUGUUGGUGAUGGCAAUCCCCAUCAGAAUCGCAAAGUUCAGCAGGUCACACAAAAGUCUAUCUGUCCGGGCGAGGAGUGCUCGGCCUCCAAGACCGAUAGCACCACAGUUGGCUACUCUGUAAACAUCGGAGGCUCAUACAGUUGGAUCAACGGUGGGUUCUCCGUGUCCGAGUCUAAGACUGAUGGCGAGACACACGCUUGCCCCAACUCCGGGCACGAUACAGUAUGUGUCUGGAGAAGCUAUGAAGUCACGGCGUACACGGUCGCCGACACCACAUGCUACUACUUCAAUGGUGCAUCCAGCAUGUGUUCAGGUGACAGCAAUCAAAGAGUCAUCUACUCCCCAAACGACUGCCAGAAUGAUAGCCCAUAUUUGUGCAAGUAUGAUGGGGACUGUCAAUCCAAAGAGGACAGCUAUCUGAUCACCGACGGGCCAGCUGGCGGUCCCCCCUGUUAGGAUCUUCGCGAUAUGUAGCUUGAGGGAUAGUGAAGUUGGUCCAGCUGUCUGUCUACGUAACCGAUUUCUGCUAUCUGGGGUCGGAGCACAGCAGAAAAAACGAGGAGGAGCUAUUGAUGUUUUUGCUAUGUUAUUGCAC